AAAAAAAAAAACGUAAAAAUUGAGACUUCGGUUAGGAUAACUAGCGAGGGAACGGGAGGCAGUUCGCCGUGCUUCGGUUUUUCCCGCGACCUUCACUUUCGGUUUUUUGGCGCGUUCACUUCCACGGCUGAGAAUGUUGGCGGCGGCGGCGGCCUCCGCCUCCUUAGUGCCCUGUCUCUCCACAGUCAGCCUGGCGGCGCGCCGGCCGCGGCAGAGGGUGAGGACAAAGACGAAGCCACAGAAGGCCCAGUCAGGUCGCGGGAGCUCGAGCCCAGCCGGAUUCGGUGGCGGGAGGACAGAACCGGUCUGGCGGUGCGUGGAGGGCUGCGGCGCAUGCUGUAAGCUGGACAAAGGUCCCGCCUUUGCCACCCCCGAAGAGAUCUUCGAGAACCCUCGCGAUAUUGAGCUUUACAGAAGCAUGGUAGGUCCAGAUGGGUGGUGCAUACACUUCGAGAAGAGCACGCGCAAGUGCUCGAUUUAUCCCGAACGGCCAUAUUUCUGUCGGGUUAACCCUGAGAAUUUCCAGUCGCUAUACGGAAUUGACAAGAAAAGCUUCGACAGGGAGGCCUGCGCUAGCUGCAGGGACACCAUCAAAGCAAUAUAUGGGUCCAAAUCGGAAGAGUUGGAGAAUUUCAACUGCUCCGUCAAAAGCUCCAACUUGGUUCCAAAAGUUGAGCUCGAUCACCCUACUUAGCACUCGAGGUCAUUCUCUCUGGGUUGCAAAUUCAUACUGUACAUGAUGAUAGCAUUCCAUUCGAUGAGGGCGGCGCUUGGGAGCAUACAGACAACGGUCAUAUUCCCUCAAUCACUCCACCAUGGGGUUGAGAUUGGUAGAAGUCUCGAAUACCCGAGUGGGAGGAUGCGGGAGACAAAUGGAGGGAAACACAUUGUCCACCAAGCGAAAACGGGCUUGUUUAAACUAUGGUCAUCCCAUUCGAGUACCAAUGGCUGCACUAGCUUAAGGUUGUCAGUGGUGUCGCAUCUCCGGACUCAUAAUAUAGGAAUCAUGCUAGUGUGUAAUUGUUAAUGAUACAUUUUGUUUUUCAUGUUCGCCAUCCAAAGAACUAUUCGAAGAAUUCUUGGUCGAUCAGCAAGAAGAGGAUGUUGAUGUUGAUCAUUUUGAA